AUGAGCAUAUUCCGAACCUGUGGUAGAUCAAUCCAAUUCCUCCAACAGCUAUCCCACCACCUCCCCGCACCGUCGACCUCAGCAAGGACCAAGACUCCCUUCAAUCUAGCCGUUCAACCCGCGAUUAUCCGACGAACCAUGGCGUCCGCAAUGGCCAAGCGCCUCGAAGGCAAGACUAUCCUCGUCACUGGUGCUUCUUCCGGUAUUGGCAAGAGCACUGCCAAGGAGUUUGCGCGCUCCUCGCCCAACAACCUCAAGAUCAUCGUGACUGCGCGCCGUCUUGAAGCGCUGAAUGAGCUCGCGGCGGAAAUUAAGGCGGAGGUCGGCGAGGGCGUCAAGGUUCUCCCCGUGAAGCUGGAUGUCAGCAACCCGGAGGAAAUCAAGAACUUUGUUCCAUCUCUGCCCGCCGAGUUCAAGGAGAUUGAUGUGCUUGUCAACAAUGCUGGCCUCGUCAAGGGUGUUGCGCAGGCUCCCGAUAUCGCGACCGAAGAUAUGAGCAUCAUGUUCAACACCAACGUCACCGGUCUGAUCAACAUGACUCAGGCCAUCCUGCCUAUCUUCAAGAAGCGCGACGAGGGCGGCCGCGGUGAUAUCAUCAACAUUGGAAGUAUCGCUGGUCGUGAGCCCUACGCCGGUGGCGCCAUUUACUGCGCCACCAAGGCUGCCGUUCGCUCUUUCACCGACUCGCUGCGCAAGGAGCUCAUCGCGACGAGAAUCCGUGUCAUUGAGAUCGACCCCGGUCAAGUUGAGACUGAAUUCUCCGUCGUGCGAUUCUAUGGUGAUAAGUCCAAGGCCGACGCUGUCUACAAGGGUGUUGAGCCUCUUACCGGCGACGACAUUGCCGAAGUUGUCGUCUUCGCUGCCAGCCGUCGUGAGAACGUCGUCAUUGCCGAUACCCUAGUCUUCCCUAGCCACCAGGCCGCCGCUGGUGUUAUGCACCGCAAGUCCUGA